GGUUCGGUAAUUUAGUUACUAAUAGUAAUCUGUAUCGACAUGACCGCUCCCUACGAUAUUGACACAAGUCCAGAGACGGCGGAACUUUUGGAAGUGGCAAGAGUUCAGCUUAGGGAAACACCCGAAAACCGUGAGAAAGGUUUCAAAGAGCUUCGUGAGUUGUUGCAUCAAAAUGCUGAUUUAAAGUUUCGUGACGACGAUGCUUUUCUGGAAGUGGUUUUGAGAUGCUGCCAUUGGUAUCCGGAAGGAGCGAUUAAAAUGCUUAGGAAAAUCGCAGAGUUCAGGAGGGACAAUGAGAAGAUCGUGAAGAAUUUAGAUCCCAUCGAGCAUAAGAAACCAUUCACCGAAACCGAUGUUUUGACCGUAUUGAUUGACAAGGAUCAUCUUGGAAGGCGUAUCAUUGUUCUCAAACAGGGUGCUAAUUGGAAUCCAGACGAAAUUGAUGUCGAUGAGAUCUUCAAAUUGUUGUACCUAAUUCACAUUAUUGCACAACUUGAAAAGUCGACACAAGUUAAUGGUGUCGUAGUCAUCAUGGAUUUUGAAGGAUUAUCGCUAAAGCAAGUGAAAGGUAUGGGCGCUACAUCAACCAACCGAUUAUUAACAUUUAUCCAAGAAGCUAUGCCGAUUCGAAUGAAAGAAGUUCAUUUCGUUAAGCAACCGUUUAUUUUCAACAUGGUCUGGGCUUUGAUUAAGCCAUUCCUGAAGGAAAAACUGAAGAGCAGAAUGUUCUUCCACGGAGACAAAAUGUCCAGCCUCCACAAAUACAUUCCAGCCGAUAGAUUGCCGAAGAACUACGGCGGAACAUUACCGGAAAUAAACUAUUCGGGGAAAGAAUGGUUUCCUUGUACAGACAAAUAUCGUCAAGAGUUUGUUGAAUGGAAUUCAUUUGGCUUUAAAUAAAUAGAAUUCAAAAUUGCAUUAUC